AUGACUAAAAAGGAUGAUUCUAACUCCAACAGGGGUGAAGUAGAUGAUUAUGAGAUUAUUAUGGCCAAUAUUGAUAAUAUAAGUAAAAGUGUUUUGUCAAUUGGCCAACAUUUAUUUACGAAAGACCAAUUUGACAAGAUGCAGGCCAAGUCUCAGGAUUUUGUUACUAAGGUUAAAGACCAGGCCGAUGCUCUCUAUCGUAAGAAAAUAGAUGAAGCACAAAGUUCAAUUAAGAGUGCAAUUGAUGAUGCUGAGAAGACUAUUGAAUAUGGUAGAAAUGAAGUAGAUCAAUACUUCCCGCGCCCAUAUCAAUCAAGGGACCCGGAUACCUUAAAGUGGGAGAGUAAGAAACAGAACAAGCUGCAAUGGUUCGAUCAGGAUGAACCAGCGGACUCGUUAUUCGGUGGUCCUGGAUUUGGCCCUGGAUUUGGUCAUUUCUUCUCCAGAAGAUGUGAACAAACCCCAUUUGGAUAUACAUGUAGGAGUCCAAGUAGAAAAAUAUAUCGUGAUUGUACCGAUAAGGACGGAUUGAAAGUCUGGGACUCCCAAGGUCAAUGGAGGUGUUUGUUCCCAAAUGCUGAAGUUGAACCUUCAUUUUUAAGAAUUAAGAAUGAAAAAUUUCCUGAUAAGGUUUUGACGAAGGAAGAUUUCUUGACGGCUGUUAAGAACGUCUCCAAUAAUGCUAAUUCUACUGACAUUAACAGUACUAAUUCUGUUGGCAUUUACAAUCUCGGUUCCAAGGGAACUUUUUUCAACCAGUUUUCUGAUUACCUUGACUGGAGAAGGUCCAAUUGGAGAGAAUCAAGAAAGGGCCAUUGCUCUAGAAGUAAAUGGGGUUCAAGAUGGGAUGACAACAGCGACGGAACUCCGGAAAAGGUUUUAGCUGGUCAAGCUGAUUCAGCAACACCUUCUAAAUUGACUCCAAGCUCCAAUUCUGACUACAAAUUCGAUUCUUCACCAUCCGUUGUAUCCUUCUCUCUGGUUUCUUCCUAUGAAACAAACAUCAACUCUAAGGAAGUUGUGUUGACAGAAACCAGGACAGAAAGCUACAAUGAUGGUACGAGCAGCACCAAGAAUGUUUACAAGAGAAAGCCAAUUGGAGCAAACGAAUGGGCAACCGUUGAGGAAUAUUCUUCUGGUAAGAAUCAAGAACCAAGGGAAAUUUUAAGUUCUAAUAUUUCCAAUGACAGAAAAGGAUGGUUUUGGAAUUGA